ACUUGUGGCCAAGAAUCGAAACCCCUGGUGACGUGGCACCCUGCUCUGGUUUAAACGGAUCAAAAUCCAACUCGUCGUGCCUCCCAUUGCCAACUUAGAUCAAAACCCAAACCUCAAAAAAAACCGAAACUCACACAAACACAUCUGAAACAGAGGAAGUAACGAACCAGCCAACCUGACACAGCCGCCGCAAUCAUAAACAUAGGCAUAAACAAAAAACCGUUAAUCUCGCGCGUUUUUUUUGUUGUGUCGUGUCCUCCGUUUUGGAUCGCCAGAAAAAUGCAGGAAAAUAAGGAUCCAGCAAUUAAGCUCUUCGGCCAGAAGAUUGCCUUCCCCGGAGAAGCCGAUUCUCAAGCCAUUGCCGGCGGCGAAACCGACUGGCCGCCGGCGAUGGACGUCGACAAGGACGAAGAAGACUUUGGUAUUGGUAACCCAGACAAAGAUGAGAAAGACAAGGAUCCUCGAGCUGAAAAAGUUAGUGAGAAAACGAAAGAAGCUGAUCCUCCUCCAGAUGCUGCAGACUCUAAGACGUCAGAGGGUAUUCAGAACCCAAAUACACCUUCCAUAGACGAAGAAUCUGCAAAGUCAAAAAACGACAAGUCAGAGAACGAUCAACAAGAAAACAACAACAACAAAACACUGAAGAAGCCAGACAAAAUUCUGCCGUGUCCGCGCUGCAACAGCAUGGACACCAAGUUCUGCUACUACAACAACUACAACGUUAACCAACCCCGCUAUUUCUGCAAGGCGUGCCAAAGGUACUGGACCGCUGGCGGCACCAUGCGGAACGUGCCGGUGGGAGCGGGGCGAAGAAAGAACAAGAACUCAGCCUCGCACUACCGCCACAUCACAAUCUCUGAAGCUCUUCAAGCGGCCAGAAUCGAUGCCCCCAACGGAACUCAUCUUUUGAAACAAAAUGGGAGAGUCCUCAGCUUCGGAUUAGACCCUCCAAUUUGUGAUUCCAUGGCAUCAAUCCUUAACCUCACAGCAGAGAAAAAGGGUAGUCUUAACAACAACACAAGAAACGGAUUUCACACAAUUGAGGAUCAGAGAAACAAAGACAACCACAACAAUAACAAUAACAACGGUGAUGACUGCUCAAGUGCAUCUUCAAUUACUGUUUCCAAUGAGGAAAGUGGGAAAAGCACGUCUCAAGAAUCGAUUAUGGUGCCCAACAGCAACGGUUUCAUCCACCAUGUUCCAUGCAUUUCCACUCUCCCUUGGCCUUAUCCUUUUCCCUCAGCAGCACCUGCUAUGUGCCCUCCAGGGUUUCCCAUGUCAUUCUACCCUGCAGCAUUUUGGAACAUUCCAUGGUUUCCCUCACAACACUCACACCAUUCUGCUCCUACUCCAAGGUCUCCCAGUUCCGGUCCUAAUUCUCCAACACUAGGGAAACACUCCCGCGACGACGACGCGGAAAAACAAGACCAUUUGCAAGAAGAAUCACCCUCCAGGCAGAGAAACGGGUCUGUUCUGGUCCCGAAAACAUUGAGAAUUGAUGACCCAAGUGAGGCUGCAAAGAGUUCCAUAUGGGCAACUUUAGGGAUCAAGAAUGAGUGUGUCACUGGUGGUGGCAUGUUCAAGGGAUUCCAAUCAAAGAAAGAUGAGAAAGACCAUGUUGUUGAAGCCUCUCCAGUGUUGAGGGCUAACCCUGCAGCCUUGUCUAGAUCCCUUAACUUUCAUGAGAACUCUUGAAUUAGCAAUAGCAACAAAAACCACCCUUUGUAAGAGACGGUGACCAUCUUUCAGCAAUGGGUGUUUUGGAAUUAGCCUCAUUGAGUUUGCAAUGAAGUGAAGGUUGGUAGUCUCGGAUUUUCCUCUGCAUAGGUAGAGGGAAUGGAAUGAACUAAUCUACUAGGAGGUUUUUUUAGUUGGCGGUGGGAAGUGGGAACUAAUUUUUGUCUUUCUUUCGUGUCACAUUAUAUUUUUUGUUUUUGCUUUUUAUGUGCUUAGUUUGGUGAGUUCUGAGUUGGUGUACAUAUAUAAAUAUGUGAAAAUACUGAUGGAAAAAAGGUCUUUACCAUGUAUAAAAAUCCAGAGGUACUAUAUUUUCUUAUGAAAAUGGAAAAUAUGAGACUUCCUUUGUUUUGUGGAAAAUUCAGUAUAUUUUGUGGAUA